AUGACAACGACACCGCCAAUCAAUAUAGAGACUGCCAGUGCUAUAUCAUCAUCGUCAGCGUCUCCCACCUCGCCUGCUUCCCGCAAAUCUACGUCUCCCAAAUCGCCUAGACUUCUCAGGAAUGCCAUUAGCGCCAGCUUCUCUCCUACAAAGAGCCCUGCUCCUCAAUCGGUUUCCGACCACGCUCUGAAGGCUUUUAACGCUCUAAAUCUCAGUCUGAACAAUUAUACUCCUAUCGAACAAAUACCCGGUAUCGUUGCUCUAUGUCGACGAACGUUCGAAACAAACACAACCUUAAACAUUGAAUGGAGAGUCGCCCAGUUGAGCGCUCUCGUCCUCAUGCUGAAAGAGAGCGAAGAACUCGUUCAAGCUGCUUGCUACCUGGAUAAUAGAAAGAAUGUAUUCACUUCGACUCUCUUUGAAUGGGGUCCUACUCUCAAAGAGGCAGAACAUUGUUUGAGACACGUACGCAAAUGGACUCAGCCAAAGACCAAAAAUGUUCCUCUGCCCGUUCAACCCGCAACUUGUAAAGUUCAACCUAUGCCUAAAGGAGUUGUACUGGUCAAGGCGCCCUGGAAUUAUCCUUUCUCAUUGACAUUUGGUCCAAUGGCAUCCGCAAUCGCGGCUGGAAACUGUGUCGUCCUCAAACCUUCAGAGUUGGCUCCUCAUGCUACUGCACUCAUGAAACACUUGGUUGCAAAGUAUCUUGAUCAGAAUUGUAUUCGAUUGGUUGAUGGUGAUGCAGCAAUUGCUACUGCUUUACUUCGAGAGAAAUUUGAUCAUAUCUGUUUCACUGGAUCAGAAACGGUCGGUAAAAUCGUAGCACGAGCUGCCGCGGAAUAUCUGACUCCCACAACUCUCGAAUUGGGUGGGAAAUCUCCAGCUGUAAUAGAUAAAACAGCGAAUAUACAAACAGCCGCAAGGAGAAUCGCAUUCGGAAAGUGGGCAAACGUAGGCCAAACUUGUAUCAGCCCCGAUUUUGUGCUGAUUGAGUCGUCCGUUAAGGAUCGCUUCCUGGAAGAGCUUGUAAAGGUCAUAACUCAGUUCUAUGGCACCGAUACAGCCACGAAUCCUGAUUAUGAACGUAUACAGAAUCUGCGACACUUUCAGCGUUUACGGGCCAUGAUGAAUGAUGGCAGUAUAUAUUAUGGUGGCAAGACAAAUGAAGAGGAUUUAUACAUAGAGCCAACUUUGAUUGUGGACGUAGCACCUGAUUCAAAGAUCUUGACUGAAGAAAUCUUUGGACCGCUGUUGUAUAUCGUUGAGAUUCCUUCUAUGACUGACGCUAUCAAGUACAUUCGACAAAGACCACGCCCACUUGCGCUGUAUCUGUUCACCGAUGACCCCAACGUGAAAACAGACUUUACAAACUUGACAUGGUCUGGUGCAUUAUCAAUAAACGACACACUACUCCAUUUUGCCAACAAUGAUCUUCCCUUUGGGGGAAUUGGAAACUCGGGGUACGGAAGUCUGCAUGGAGAGUACGGGUUUGACACGUUUAGUUUCUAUAAGCCUGUAAUGGAUCGCAAUUCGGCAAUGUUUUUGGAUAUCAGCAUUCGAUAUCCUCCUUACAGCUCUGAGAAGAUGGCCUGGGCACGUUUCUUGAAUGAGCACAUGUAG